GCUGUGGCUUCUUCACUAGCUUCGUUCCACACCCUCAGAUCGAUAUCAGGUUUUCGUGCCAUUCUCUGCGUUCUGUCUUUCACGCUCUCCACCACCUGCUCUCUCUCUCUCUCUUACUGACUCUCUCAUUCAUUCAUUCGUUUUUGCUCACUCUCUCUCUUUCUGAUGUUUUUACAUUAUGGUCGAUUACUGCCGAAUUACUGCAACGAAAACCUGGUUAAUUCUCAAAAUGUCUUCUCAUUUACUACUGAGGAUAUCUCUCUUGGACAUAGCUUCUAUGCACAGGAAAGAUGGUUGUACUCCAGUUUAAAGAGUAAAAGAUCACUUAAUAGAUGUUACCAAUGUAAAGUGGUGAAAAAUACGAAGGCAAAAUGUUGGCAAAAUAUGCAUUAUUUGUGAACAGCAUUUUGGUGCUUGUUCUGGGUUGUGUCAUGGUGGCCAUGAGUAUGGUAACCCGUUUGCAGCGUGAAGAAAUCAGUCUGUUUGAGUCGAUCGAUAUGGAUCCUGUAUACUUUGUAUUAGGAAUGGGUGCUUUUGUUGUAUUUAUUAGUCUUCUUGGCUGCCUUGGAGCUUUAAGGGAAAGUGUUUGGACUCUUCAUUUUUUCUGUAUUUGUGUGAUGAUGAUAUUCUUGCUAGAAAUUGUCACCUUUGUCUUUGCCCUCACACUAAUGUCAAACAUCCAAGGAAAUAUAACUCACAGUAUCAGCAAAGGUAUCAAACAAUAUGGAUUGAAUCAGAAAAAAGAUGCUGUACUCGAUGACCUUCAACAAAAGUAUAGUUGUUGUGGUACUAAGACAUAUGAAGAUUGGAAUUUUAAUCCAUUCUUCAACUGCAGUGCCCAUGGACAUCUUACAUGCAAGGUACCAGAUUCUUGCUGCCACCCACCAGUCAUUACUCGAUGUGGAUUACUAUGGAAUUUGCCACGAACAAGUCACAGUAAUCCAAACAAACGCAUUUUCAUACAAGGUUGUGUUCCCGUUUUGAUGAAUAUCUUCAAAAUGAAUGCAGUCAUAAUUGGUUUGUCCAUGUUAGUAAUAGCACUGUUGGAGAUUGUAUCAGUUGUACUAGCCUAUCUGACCAUCAAAGAUGUUGAGUCAAUAUUUCCUCCACAAAAUGCAAAAUGAAUUUGAAUCAAAUGGAACAUUCAUUGUUUUGCCAUAUUUUCAAUUUAAUCAGCUCUAUGAUUAAUUUUUUUUAGGUCAUUGAAAUUUUUCUCUUUCUUUUUUAUUAAAAUUCAUUCUUUGACCACAUAUUUAUCAGUUCAUAGAUAUUUAAUAAAUCCUCUUGCGAUGAUCCUUAAAAGUAUGUCUUUUGUCUGCAAUGGGAUACAAUUGCCAAUGAACAAUCAUUUUAGCUGGGAAUUAGGGCUAACAAUAAUUUUUGUUACGGCAAUAAUUAAUUUUUCUUUACUUCAAUUCUCUACUCAAACCAUCACUGUUGAUAAAACAAAGGGCAUUUUUUAAUUAAUCAGUCUUUAAUUAUUAAUUGCUCUUUUUUAAUCUACAUCUGAAAUUUAUAAAAGAAACAAGAACAACAACAAAUAUUUGCAGUGAAACUAAUUAGAAUUUAGCACAGCUGAGAAGUCAUCACAGAAUUUUAGUAAGCCUGCCUAUGAAAGGGAACCUUGUGUGUAGUCCCUUUUAAUGUAGACAAACUGCUGUCCUGGCAAUAAUUUUGCAGUUUCUUUUUUCUUUGUAGAGCUGGAUAAAUUCUCUAGUUUAGCUUUAUUCUUCAUGACUGGUAAAAUAUAGAGUCCAGAAAACAUGAACCCAGCAAUCUCAGCUACUGACUAUAGCACUCUACCACUGAAUUACUCUUCAUAAACAGGAUCCAGUAAGGAUAUAAGUCAAAGGUUAUGAUGCCAUUAAAUGCUCAUAUAAAAUAAUAUGUUCAUGUGAAUAGCUAUAAGCUAUUUAAAUAUGAGUUGAUGUGGCCUGUAGAAAAGAGUAGGUGAAUAGCUUUUGCAAUAUUAAAUAAAUGAAUAGAAAGCAACAUAUGCUUUUGUGUUUGUAUAUACGUGUAUGCAGACUCUUACUGUUAAGUAUAAACACUGGGUGUGCAUAUGUGUAUUAUGUGUGUGUGUGUGUAGGGCAAAUAUUUUAUGAGAUAUGACAAGAGUUAGCCCCGUAUUAAAUGGUGCCUUAAAUAUAGUGAAAGAAACUGAAGAUCUCAUGGAUUUAUUUUUAAAUGCUUUUGCUAUUUGAAUUUGGCAAACUUUAAUUAAAUAGUAUGUACAUGUCACUGCAAAUAUUUGUCUGUACUGAACUCCUGGGUUUUGAAUCAGGAAUCCCCAUCUCACUGAUGGCAUUGUGUAAUGUUGCUGGAUCAGGUAUGAUGAGUUCUAUUUGGUCUGUAGCCAAGAUAUUCUCAGAUAUAUUCAUGUGUUGUCUUUUGAAUAAUUGAUACCAGCAAUAAUAAAUGAAGAAUUAUUUACAAAACAUACCAGGCUUAUGUAAGAGAAGUGUAGACAAUGAUUUAAAAUGCAAAUGAAAGGUAUUGACAUUUAAAUGAAAUAUCUUAUCUAAUGUAACAAAGACAAAAUGUCUAGCUCUUACUUGUGAAUAGUUAUAUGUAUUACAUUAAUUCGUAACCAUAACCAAAUCUAACAACUGUUUUAAUGAAAAAACUAGCAAUUUAAUUGAAGCAACUUGAGUCUUUACUGAACAAUGCUUUUGUAUUUCUCGGUACUUUCCAAAGUAGUUCUAAAUGAAAAUCUUCUUUGGCACAUGCUGUUCAUUGAUUAAUAAAAUAGAUCAAAUCGCAUGUUUAUCCUAGGUGCAAAUAAUUUUGAGGCAAUAAUGCAGUUCCUUUAAAAUCAUUUGAAAUUGCAGCUAAAAUAUUUAUCGAGAAACACUCCUUGAAUACAUUGUUUAGAGAAUUGGUAUGUGUAGAGUUAAUUAUUUCUAAUGUAAACAUGAUGACUUUACUUUUGAUCUGAGUUAGUAAACUAUUUGGUAAGUUUUAUAGAAUAAUAAAAAGUUUCCCUAAGGUGACUAAUCUUUUUUCUUGUGAAAUGUGCUUUUUUAAUAUUUAUAAAUCUCUUUUCUUUUGUUGGCCUGGGUUGAAUAGUUCUGCAAAUGCAAAGAUUCAUAUGAUUUGCUGUGAAUCUGGGUGUUUUAUAACAAGAUGACUAUCCCAAUGCAAUUCAAUAAGCCUUCAAAACGAGGAAAAAAAAAAGAGUGAUAUCUCUUUCCUUGUGCUCCCAUUAAGUAAACUGAAAGUUGUCAGUUUGAAGCUAAAAAACGUCCAGAUUAUUUUUAUUCAUUUUGAAAUAUAGUAAAAGUUGAUGUAAAAAACACUUCUAUAAAAAAUAAAAUGUAGCAUAAA